AUGAAUUCAAAGAAAAUAGCUAAAAACCCUUCAUUAGCAUAUACAAGUCAUCCAGAUUACAGAAAACCGCCUAAAAUUGCAAAUCCGUAUCUACAAUGCUUAGGAGCACCACACAUAGAUUCAUUCAACUACAUGCUUCAAGAUGGUUUGAAAGCAGCAAUCGCAGACCUGAUCCCUGCGGAGUUCGAGCUACCUAGUGGUGAAAGAGUUAAAGUCACCAUAGAUGAGGCUGCUUUUGCUAAACCAGGUGUUCCUAUGGAAGCUAUAGGUGUUAAGAAUCAAACAGUACUGCCAACAGAAUGUAGGCAACGUGCUGCAACAUAUAAAGGUGACUUCAAGAUAAGGAUGAGUGUAGCAAUUGAUGAGAAGGUGGUUACCGUUGAUCGGUCACUUGGCUCCCUGCCUGUCAUGAUAAAGUCUAAAAUUUGCCACUUGGCUGAUCUAUCCCCUGAAGAGUUGGUAGAGCACAAUGAACAUGCAGAUGAAUGGGGAGGAUAUUUCAUUGUAAAGGGUCAUGAACGCCUAGCCCGUAUGCUGUUGGUUACGAGACGGAACUAUCCAGUAGCCAUCAAGAGGUCAGGAUGGAGAAUGAGAGGCAACCUGUUCUCAGACUUUGGUGUGAUGGUCCGUUGUGUGACAUCAGACCAGACAAGCACAAACAAUGUACUCCAUUUCCUAAACAAUGGGACAUGCAAAUUGAUGUUCUCACAUCGCAAAAUGAUGUACUACGCGCCGUUACUGCUUAUUAUGAAGUGUCUUGUCGAUUGGCCCGAUCAUUACAUAUACAGACUCCUUCUACACGGAAAGAAAAAUGAUCUAUACUAUGUCAAUUGCAUCCAAAACAUGCUGCGGGAGCUCCAUGAAGAAGGACUCCAUUCAUCACACGAAUGUCGUUCGUACCUGGGCCGGAUGUUCAGGCCUAAGUUAUACGAACUCCCGCCCUGGGCUACCGACCUGGAUGCAGCUGAUUUCCUCAUCAACCGAUGCGUUAUGAUCCAUCUUCCAGACCACAAGGACAAGUUCAAUGCUCUUGUCUUCAUGGCCCAGAAGCUAUACGAUUUAGUUCAGAAUAAAUGCAAGGUGGAAGGUGCUGAUGCUGUGAUGGUCCAAGAACUGUUGAUUGGAGGUCAUCUGUAUCUCCAAGUGUUGAAGGAACGGCUCCAGCAGCUUAUAGUCGUCGUCAGAUCACAAGUGCUCAAGAAAGCGAAGACGACCAAAAAACUCGUUAUUGGACAGCAUGAACUGCAGCAGAUCCUUAGAAGUUCAGGCAACUUGGAGCAGAAAAUGGAGACCUUUUUGGCAACAGGCAACGCGCCUUCCAACAACGUCAACUUGGCUCAGUAUAAAGGUCUCACUAUUGUAGCUGAAAACAUCAACAGGAUGAGAUAUAUGUCACAUUUCAAGUCGAUUCAUCGGGGGUCCUUUUUCAUGGAGAUGCGAACAACGGAGGCUCGUCAGUUGCUCCCGGACGCGUGGGGGUUCGUGUGCCCCGUGCACACCCCCGACGGGGCUCCCUGCGGACUGCUCAACCAUCUCACCUGUAGUGCACAGGUAACACAACAUCCAGAUCCGAAGCAAGUGGCAAACUUACCCCACGUGCUGGAAAGAUGCGGUAUGGAGCCAAUAAGCUCGGUGGCCCAGACACCACUGUCGCGAGACGUGUACAAAUACCCAGUGCUGGUCGACGGGCGGCUGGUGGGCUACUUCGCCGAGGAUACCGUGGACAAGUCAGCUGCCUACCUCAGGACCUUGAAGAUCAAAGGCGAAGAGUUACCUAUAACGACUGAGAUCGUUGUCAUACCUAAGAAGCAGAUCUGCUCUCAAUACGCGGGCGUAUUCUUGAUGACGAGUGAAGCGCGCAUGAUGAGGCCGGUGAUCAACUUGUCGACGGGACAACUCGAGCUGAUAGGCACCAUGGAACAGCUGUACCUUGACAUCGCAGUUACCCACAGUGAAAUACAUAAGGGCAAAACCACACACACGGAGUUAUCCAAAACAGCGUUCAUGAGUAACUUGGCGCAGCUGGUACCAAUGCCUGACUGCAACCAGUCGCCUCGUAACAUGUAUCAGUGCCAGAUGGGUAAGCAGACGAUGGGUACUCCCAUCCACACGUGGAUGACUAACGCAGAGACCAAGCUGUACCGUCUCCAGAGCCCUGGAACACCACUGUUCCGGCCCACGCAUUACGACAAUUUGGGACUAGACGACUACCCGUGUGGGACUAACGCCAUAGUCGCUGUUAUUUCAUAUACGGGUUAUGAUAUGGAAGAUGCGAUGAUAAUCAAUAAGUCUGCGUAUGAACGCGGGUUAGGUGCCGGUUCGGUGUAUAAAUCAAACUUUAUAGAGCUGGAACACACAGCCUCCUAUUUCUGUAGGGAUAACAGCAACGCAGAACUGAGUCAGUUCAUUGACGAGGAUGGGUUACCGGCCGUUGGUGCCAGGAUUAGACCAGAAGAUCCCUUUUAUUGUUAUUAUGAUGGAGAGAAAAGUCAGUUUGUCGUGUCCAAGUAUCACGGUAAGGAGGAGGUUUACGUGGACAGUGUACGCCUUUGUGGGGACUUCAGUACCCGGCCACUGAAAAAGGCUUGCAUCAUGCUAAGAUUGCAGCGAAACCCAACAGUAGGUGACAAGUUCGCUUCUCGGGCUGGUCAGAAAGGUAUCUGUUCGCAAAAAUGGGCAACUGAAGAUCUACCGUUCACAGAGUCUGGUUUGGUUCCUGAUAUACUGUUCAACCCUCACGGCUUCCCCUCCAGAAUGACAAUAGCUAUGAUGAUAGAGUGCAUGGCGGGCAAGGCAGCAAGCAUUCAUGGACAUGUUCACGACGCCACUCCAUUCCGUUUCAACGAGAAGGACACUGCGAUUAAUUACUUCGGGCGGUUGCUGGAGUCGUCAGGAUACAACUACUACGGUACAGAGAGGAUGUACAGCGGGAUCGAUGGACGGGAGAUGACUGCCGAUAUCUUCUUCGGCGUUAUCCAUUACCAGAGGUUGCGGCACAUGGUCUCUGAUAAGUGGCAGGUGCGCACGACGGGCGCGGUGGACGCGCUGACGCGCCAGCCCGUGAAGGGGCGGCGGCGCGGCGGCGGCGUGCGGCUCGGCGAGAUGGAGCGCGACGCGCUCGCCUCGCACGGCGCCGCCUUCCUGCUGCACGACAGGCUCUUCCACUGCUCCGACAAGACCGAGGCGACUUUAUGUUCAAAAUGUGGAACUCUUCUGGGCCCAAUCAUUGGCAGGAGCGAGACGAGCAAAGAAACUUGUCGCCUCUGCGGGGAGGGCAACCUGGUCUCUGUGGCGAUACCUUAUAUCUUCAAAUUCUUUGUGACCCAACUCGCCUGUGUCAACAUCAAUGUAAAAAUCAAUUGUAGUCAGAGCUUGGCUUUGACGGCUGGAAACUAG